CAAUACAAGUAAUGCCCAAGCAAAAAGGCAGAUACAAUAACCUUUCCCUGUAUAAGAUACUUUUCUUAGUGCAGUCUGUUCUACAUUUUCUCAUUCAAAUCCCCCCUUUUCUUCCUCGGAUCUAAAUCUCGAUCUGUUCAUCAAUGGCGUUGGAGUGGGUGGUGCUAGGCUACGCUGCUGGAGCAGAGGCCGUAAUGCUCCUCCUCCUUACUCUCCCGGGCCUUGACCCGCUCCGCAAGGGCCUAAUCAGCGUGACCCGUAGCCUGCUCAAGCCUUUCCUGUCCAUCGUGCCCUUUUGCCUCUUCCUGUUGAUGGAUAUAUACUGGAAAUAUGAAACCCGACCCAGCUGUGAAACCGAAUCCUGUUCUCCGUCCGAACACCUCCGACAUCAAAAAUCGAUUAUGAAGUCUCAGCGAAACGCACUUUUGAUCGCCUCUGCUCUUGUUUUCUAUUGGCUGCUUUAUUCCGUUACCGGCCUUGUUGUGAAGGUCGAUCAGUUGAACAAGCGUAUCGAGAAGUUGAAGGCACAAGAUUAAUUAAUCUGAACUGGAACUUUUCGGAUCUCAGAUAAGGGCAUUUGAUCAAAAAACCUUUUCGUUGUUAGUAUCUGUUAUUAAUAUUUUGAUGAUGAACUGGGUCGUUGGAUGUGUAAUUGCUGCUUUUGACCAUUGUUAGGACGCCUUUUACUUUUCCUUAAUCGACUGAAUUAUAGGUUUGGUACUCGGAUAAUUGAGUAUUUUUUUU